GUGUUUUGGGGAGUGACAAUGGCGGCGGUGCUGACGGAGUCGGUGCUGGGCUGGUCCAUAUUCGCCAUCGCUUUACUGGCCAUUCUUGUUUUCUGCUGGAACUAUAUCCGUCGUUACCAGAGCCAACAGGAGAGUGAGGUUGUUUCCACCAUAACUGCUAUUUGUGCUCUUGCGGUUGCACUCAUCACUUCAGCAUUGCUGCCCGUUGACAUAUUCCUUGUGUCGUACAUGAAGGACUCCAAAGGCGUUUAUAAGGAAUGGGCAGCAGAUAAUAUUACAAGACAGAACAUUGAAGACACAGUGUUAUAUGGCUACUACACAUUGUACUCCAUCAUCUUGUUCUGUGUUUUCCUGUGGAUCCCGUUUGUCUACUUCUAUUACGAGGAGAAAGAGGACGACGAUCUGAACAGUUGUUCUCAAGUGAAGAAUGCACUGAAAUACACCACGGUCUUUGUGUUUGUCUGUUCCGUCCUGCUUUUAAUUGGUGCCUUCGUUCCUUUGAAUAUUCCUACCAAUCAGAAUUCCACAGAAUGGGAGAAGGUGAAAUUUUUAUUUGAGGAACUAGGAAGCAGUCGUGGCCUGGCUGCCUUAUCGUUCUCCAUAAGUACCUUGACCUUGAUUGGAAUGCUGGCUGUUAUUACCUACACGGCUUACGGAAUGUCCGCAUUGCCAUUAAACCUAAUAAAAGGUACACAGAGUGUGGUUUAUGAACGUCUGCAGAAUACUGAAGAUCUUGAGGAAGUGGAACAGGAAAUGGAGAAGAUUAAAUCAAAGUGCAGGGAUGGCCGUCCACUAUCGACAAGGGACCAGCGAGCUCUGCACCAGCUGGAGGAGAAGCUGAGGACGCUUAAAAGGAGAGACAGACACCUGGAAAAUGCUGCAAGCAGUUACUGGAUAAAAGUUUGCUGUGCCGUCAGACCCUUUAAGGUUGUUCUGGGGAUAUUUUUCUUCCUUGUGGCGCUUCUAUUCAUAAUUGCUCUCUUUCUAUCCAACUUGGAUAAAGCACUCCACUCAGUGGGGUUUGACUCCGGAUUCAUAAUCUUUGGAACUAAUCUAGCGAAUCCUUUGAACAAGCUUUUACUUGAACUACAAACAGUUUUCCCAUUGGAUUACAUCCUCAUUGCCAUCAUCACUGUGUAUCUCGUCUUCACUUCCAUGGCCGGGAUCCGGAGUAUGGGCAUCUGGUUUUUCUGGAUGAGGCUGUACAAGAUCAGACGAAGACGAACCCGCCCCCAGGCUCUUCUUUUUCUGUGUAUGAUUCUCCUCCUGAUGGUUCUGCACACCAGCUACAUGAUCUACAGCCUGGCCCCCCAGUACGUCAUGUAUGGAAGCCAAAAAUACCAGGUGCAGAUCAACCAGACCUCAAAUGCAUGGCAAGGAAAUUCAAAUACCACCUUGGUGACUGAGAUGUGUGAUGCAAAUGCACCUGAAGAUCAGUGCACAGUGACACGGACGUAUCUUUUCCUUCACAAGUUCUGGUUCUUCAAUGUUGCGUAUUACUUCGGUAACUGGGCCUUCAUUGCAAUCUUCUUGAUUGGAUUAAUCGUUUCCUGUUGCAAAGGAAAACGAUCAGUCAUUGAAGGCGAGGUGGAUGAUGACGACUCAGACUUGAGCGACGACGAACAUUUACAAAGAUAAAUGCGCUAGAAUCAGCGAUUUCUCCAGCUUUUUGCUUCAGGAGCUUGUGUUCAAGAACCUACAGUAUUGAAAUGUUUCAAUUGAUCGAGAAAAACUACUGCUGUUCAGAUAUUCUCCCUUUUUUGAGUGUGAACUUUGAAGAAGAGGUGUUUGAGUAAUAGAAACCGAAUCCUGGUAAAGUAGAUAAAGCAAACUGUUUGCGGCGAUGUUAACAAAUUACUGUGAAAAAUGCUGACUGUCUGAAUUGGCUUUAAUGGGUUAAAGCCGAAUAAUUUUGCAAAUCACUGCUGUAGUUGGCACCUCAGUGAAAUUAUAUGCAAUAAGCGCUUUUUGGCCUUUUAAGAUUUAAAUGUAAUGCAGUGUUUGGGAAAUGAUCUACUUUUUAUCUAAUAUAUGCAUACGCAGACAUCUUGUAGUACUUUUUAAUCUCCCUGUUGCUAUCUGGGUUUAAUUGAGGUUUAAAAGAAAAAUCCAUGGACUGUCGUUAAGAAAAUUAAAUUUUGUAAUAAAGAUUAAACAGUC